AUGAACGCUACCAACUGGUCAACAGCCUCUUCGUAUUGUCGACAAAAACAAGGCAAUCUUGUCUCAAUCCACAACACCAUUCAGAACAACAUUUUGGCUCAACUUCAAAGAAAUAUAACCGGUUUUGACGCCGAAUUCUGGCUGGGUGCUACAUUGAGCGCAAACGGAUCGUGGAGUUGGUCUGAUGGGACACCGUUUGACUAUCAACAAUUUCAGCAAUCGUCCGAGAAAGGCAAUAAUGCAGUCUUGGAUUCGAAAGAUCGCCUAUGGAAAAUCAAAGAACUUGUUGACAACCACUGCUCAACCCGUCACCUCUCAACCCUAGUCUGCUUGCCUGUUGAACAACAACCUCUGUACAAUUGUAAAAACGGUUGGCAAUACUCGCCAGACACGGGAUAUCAAUAUUUGGUGAUUUACGAUACAAAUGACACCAUGGCUCAAGCCGCUUGUCAAGCCCAAGGAGCUCAGCUUGCAUCAAUUCACAGUCAAGCAGAAAACGAUUUCAUUACAGAUCUCUGUUGUGAAAAUGGAUGCGAUUUCACGGAGCACGAUGGCGGCGCUUUUGGAUGGUACCUUACUGGAGGAUUUAAACAAAGUGGAUCCUAUCAAUGGAUUGAUGGUACUCCGUUUGACUUUCAGGGAGAUAUUUGUGAGAAUGAUGGUAGUGGCUCGAAGCUCAUUGUGAGUUUG